AUGGUGGAGGACGGGUCGGCGGCUAGGCCAGGAAAGGCGUUGAAGCAGGCAAGUAAUCUGCUCUCCAAGCUUCCAAUCUUGACGAUUCCAACUUUUACUCAACCAAUAUGCGAGUUGCAGAAGCGGAUUGCAAUUUUUGGUUCUUUAGAUUUUUGGCAGCAGGCUCUCCAAGGCUCAGCACCACUUCCCGAAAUAAAUGCUGCAUCUCAGGAAGUGAAUGCCACUUCAUCUCGUGGUAGUAUCCACAAACGUGGGAGAGGGGGCAAGCGUGGCCGCUGGCAAGAAAGCAGAAAAGAUUGUGGUGCUCGUUCAGAGGGUUUAGGUCCAAGGAGCGGUCCAUCCACGAAUGGCAAAAAUACAUCCCGUAAUAAGGGAAAGGCACAGAUGAGCCAUGUGCCUAGAAAUGUUGAAAGCACUUGUCACAGAUGUGGUGCAAAGGGACAUUGGUCACACCUAACCUUUAUUGUUGAUGGGUGUCAAAAAUGGAAGAGAAUUGGUGGGAAUCAAUGUGCAUUUCAACAUCAUGUAGGCAAGUUAAAUUCACCACAUCAUCUUGCUAUGCAAAAGUGGAUUAGCUUAAAAACUCCACAUCUUCAUAUUGAAAAAGUGGUAGAAAAGCAAUCAAAGCAACAAAUGAUGGAAAAUCGAUUGCGACUUACGACCACAAUAGAGGGCAUUAGGUAUCUGGCAAAUCAAGCAUUGGCUUUUCGAGGCCAUGAUGAAUCUAUUGACUCAUCUAAUCGGGGUAAUUUCAUUGAAAUCAUAAAGUCUUUUGCAAGAAUGAAUAUAGAAGUUGAGAAAGUUGUCCUUGAUAAGGCUCCUCAAAAUGCUCAAUACAUUGUGCAUGACAUACAAAAGCAAAUCUUACAUAUUUUUGCUAAUAAGGUGAGGAAGGCAAUUUGUAAGGAACUUGGGAAGAACAAAUUUUGUAUUCUAGUUGAUGAAUCACUUGAUGAAUCCGGUAAGGAACAAAUGACUAUUAUUCUAAGAUUUGUUGAUUGUGAUGAAUUUAUUCGUGAGCGCUUCUUCGAUAUUGUGAGUGUUGUAGACACUAAUGCCUUGACUCUUAAAAAAGUGAUAUGCAAAGUGCUUGGUAAUAACGACAUUCUAGUGGAAAACAUGCGUGGUCAAGGGUAUGAUGGUGCUAGUAAUAUGCGUGGUUCAUGGAAUGGCUUACAAGCAUUAUUUCUUCAAGAUUGUCCAUAUGCAUAUUAUGUGCAUUGCUUUGCUCAUCGCUUGCAAUUGGCAUUAAAUGGUGUAGCUAAAGAUGUGAAAGUUUUAUGGAGGUUUUUUUUAAUGUUGACUAACAUUGUGAAUUUUAUUAGUACUUCUGCUAAGCGUCGUAGUGAGUUAAACUUAAUUAGAAAAGUUGAACUCAAUGGGUUGUUGGAUUCUGGAGAACUUGAGACAGGUAGAGGACUUAAUCAAGCUCGUAGUUUGAAACGAGUUGGAGCCACUCGUUGGGGCUCUCAUUAUGCCUCUAUUACAAGUUUGAUGUGUUUAUUUAAAGAGACUAAAUUACUUAUUCAAGAGAUCAGUGAUCAUGGACCUAACCAACAAUUUCGUGGCAAUGUUGAGAGUAACUAUAUUGCUAUGAUGUCUUUUGAGUUUGUGUUUUCAUUAGUUUUGAUGGAUAAAAUUUGGGAUUGA